UGGACGUCUGACUUGUUGCUCCUUUCAUGUGAUGGAGGUCUGACUUGUUGCUCCUUUCAUGUGAUGGAGGUCUGACUUGUUGCUCCUUUCAUGUGAUGGAGGUCUGACUUGUUGCUCCUUUCAUGUGAUGGACGUCUGACUUUCAUGUUGCGUGAAGACAUCGAAGACAAUACAAAACAUUUUGGAUUCUUCAUCUUUGUUCAGUGCGCGCCAAACAAAAAAGCGAACUGGGAAGAAGAAGAAGAAGAAGAAGAAGAAGAAGAAGAAGAAGAAGAAUUAGAAGAAGAAGAAGAGGAGGAUGAGCGGCGCGCGCCCCACCUUCAUCUCGUGCACGGCGCGGCAUCCUCACAACUGCACGCCAGAGCACGCGCACGUGCGGACCUCCGUCGGUUCGGUGUCGGACGUGUACCGGCCCGUCUCACACACCUCCACUUCCACUUCCACGGCAGCGAUGGCGCCCAAACCCCCUCAGCCCUUCCCCACGGUGGACGUCCCUGACCACGCCCACUACACCAUCGGCUCCGUCAUCCUCGUCAUCGGCAUCACAGGCAUGCUGGGAAACUUCCUGGUCAUCUACGCCUUCAGCAAGAGCCGCAGCCUGCGAACACCCGCCAACAUGUUCAUCAUCAACUUGGCUGUCACUGACCUGCUGAUGUGUGUCACUCAGUCACCCAUCUUCUUCAUCAGCAGCAUGCACAAGAAGUGGAUCUUUGGGGAGAAAGCGUGCGAGCUGUACGCCUUCUGCGGCGCUCUGUUUGGCAUCUGCUCCAUGAUCACUCUGUCGGUGAUCGCCGUGGACCGCUACUUCGUCAUCACGCGACCUCUGACCUCCAUCGGCGUGUUGUCGCGCAAGCGGGCGCUGAUCAUCCUGGCGGCGGCGUGGACGUACUCGCUGGGGUGGAGCCUGCCGCCCUUCUUUGGCUGGAGUGCGUACGUGCCCGAGGGUCUGCUGACGUCGUGCAGCUGGGACUACAUGACCUUCACAGCGUCUGUGCGAGCGUACACCAUGCUGCUCUUCGUCUUCGUCUUCUUCCUGCCGCUCCUCGUCAUCAUCUACUGCUACGUCUUCAUCUUCAGAGCCAUCCGCUCUACCAACCGGGCGGUGGGCAAGAUGAACGGCAGCGUGCGGCAUCACGUGUCGGCACGGGACUCGGCGAAGACGUUCCAGCGGCUGCAGAACGAGUGGAAGAUGGCCAAGAUUGCGCUGAUCGUCAUCCUGCUCUACGUGGUCUCGUGGUCGCCGUACUCCGCCGUCGCCCUCACCGCCUUCGCCGGGUACGCCGACAUGCUGACGCCCUACAUGAACUCGGUGCCCGCCGUCAUCGCCAAGGCCUCCGCCAUCCACAACCCCAUCAUUUACGCCAUCACGCAUCCCAAGUACAGGGUGGCGUUGGCGAAGUACAUCCCGUGUCUCGGCGUCCUGCUGUGCGUGCGUCCUCACGACAUGCGCUCUGCCAGCAGCAGCUUCAUGUCCACACGGCGCUCCACCGUCACCAGCCAGUCGUCCGACAUCAGCGCCCAGUUCCGCCGCCGCAGCAAGAGUCGCCUCUCGUCCGUCUCCGACAGCGAAUCGGGGCUGACGGACACCGAGGCCGACCUGCCUAGUCUGGGCUCCCGACCCGCCAGCCGCCAAGUGUCCUGUGACAUCAGCAGGGACACGGAAGACUUUACAGAAUUCAAACCUUCUUCCAGCUUCAAGAGCAAGAUGAAAAGUCACGACUCGGGAAUCUUCGACAAGACGUCCUUCGACACGGACAUCUCCACCAUCGGAGUCGGCCCCAUUCCUAACAACACUGACUCGGCACAAGGUCAUGCGACCAGAAGCGCGCUGGGUCGCAUCCCGAGCAUCGUCAUCACCGCCGAGUCCAGCCCCUUCCUUCCCAUUGGCCGAAGCAGCUCACGCUCCUUCCGCGCCAAGGCCACCUACAGCAGCGCGGGGGCGGGGUCGGGCUAGAGACACGCCUCUUUCCUAUUUGCAUGUGACGAGCCCACGUCCAAUCAGAAUCAUCUGAAACACAAACAGUGUGUCUCAAAAGCAAUACUUGUAUCAGUACACUUCAGUGAGUAUGCUGUGUACACUGUGUACUUAGUUCCUGGAGUCCCCUUCAUGUAUCUAGCAGCUUUAAAACUAUAAAAGGAUAUUGCUGCAUCGACAAUAUGCCUAAUAUUUUUUAUUUCUGACGGACCAAAUAUGUCGACACACACAUGUCUGUCCAUAUUGGUACAUAUUUUUUCAGAUGUAUGAAAUGAAGAUGCAAAAUGGCACCGGAAGAACAGUUUUAGUCUUGAUGAAUCACACCGCAUGUGCUGAAUAAUUAGGGACCGAAUGUCCCUGUGGGACCGAUGACCCUAUUGUAAUUGUAGCGUUUUUAGGGACCGAAUGUCCCUUUGGUACAGAGGACCCUAUUGUAAUUGUAGCGUUUUAUUUUUUCUUUAUUAUUAUACCGCCGCCUCUUUGAGCUGUAAUUUGACCCCUUUAACAUGCUUCAAAACUCACCAAAUUGGACACACACAUCAGGACUGGCGAAAAUUGCCAUUUAAUCAAAAAACCAAACCCCAAAACUCUAAAUUGCGCUCUAGCGCCCCCUAGGAAGAAAACACAGACAAAACUGCCUGUAACUCCCAGUAGGAAUGUCAUAGAGACAUGAAACAAAAACCUCUAUGUAGACCUAAAUUUCAUACAAUGACAUCCCCCAGCAAAAAUCAACAGGAAGUUUGCAAUUCCCCCUUCAAAACAAAAGUUUAGUAAAAACAGUCUCCUUUGCCUCUUUGAGCUGUAAUUUGACCCCCUUAACAUGCUUCAAAAUUCACCAAACUGGCGAAAAUUGCGAUGUAAUAAAAAAAACAAACCCCAAAACUCAAAAUUGUGAUCUAGCGCCCCCUAGGAAUGAAACACAGACAAAACUGCUCCUAGGAAGAAAACUCAGACAAAACUGCUUGUAACUUCCAGUAGGAAUGUCGUAGAGACAUGAAACAAAAACCUCUAUGUAGGUCUCA